UUUGAUUCAGUGGUGUUAGGAGUCAUGACUCAUGUGAAUCAUUUGUGUUCAGUGUUCACAGUGAUCUAGUCAUGCCCCUGUGACCACAGGCUCGGUUGUUUACAGUGGUCAGUGGCUGGUUUGGUUCAGUAGUGAUGAUGAUGAAUCGCUCGCUGCUCGCGGUGUGUGUCGCGCUCGUCGCCGCUCUCGGUGGCUCUCUGUCGGUUCCGCCGCAUGAGGAGGUGGCUCGGAUGGCCCGGUUCGUGGUCAAUAAGUGUGACUGGGCUUCGAUGGCGACGAUCUCCACUCACGAUCCGGUCCGAGGACAGCCGUUCUCCAACGCCUUCUCCAUCAGCGACGGGCCCGCGGGGAACGGAACCGGAACCCCGUACCUGUACCUCACACACCUGGAGAUCUCGGUGCAGGACCUGCAGGUGAAUUCCCAGGCGUCCCUGUCCGUGUCUCUGGCUCAGACCAACUACUGUAAGAAUCACGGAUUCGAUCCUCAGAGUCCGCUGUGUGCCCACAUCAUCCUGUCGGGCUCCGUGGUGGAGGUGAACGGCAGCGAGGCAUCGGUGGCUAAAGCCGCUCUGUUCAGUAGACACCCAGAGAUGAUCGACUGGCCCACUGACCACAGUUGGUUCUUCGCCAAGAUGAACAUCACACAGGUCUGGGUGCUUGAUUACUUCGGCGGAGUGAAAACAGUCACGCCAGAGGAGUAUUACAGAGCCACUCCGUACCGGAAACACAGCGGAAGUGACACGCUGUAAUCCUGGUGAACCGGAUCAGAAUCACUGAUGGAGUGUUUCAGAAGAGACUCGGAUUGAUCAAUGUUUCUCAGGUUGAUGCUGUUUGAAUCGUGUGUGUGUGUGUGUGUGUGUGUGUGUGUGUGUGAUGUAUUAAUCACGUUGUUAAGUUCUCCAGAACAUUAAUGCAGCAUGAUGUGUAAAUCUAGUUGCUACAUUUUUUGCAAGCAUUUUGUAAAAUGCUUCCGAAUGAUUUUUGCAGUUUGCACAAGCGCUUUCAUUCGACCGUUUGAUUGAAAUCUUAAGAGAGCCUCGUGAGAUUCACGUGUCACUCAUAGAUGUUCAGUUUGGUGUCCUUACCCCUAAUCUUUGACCUCUGACCCCUGUAGCAGGAAAUAUGAAUCUCACGAGAAGGUUUUGCUCAUUUUGCUUGUAUUUUACAGUCGAUUUGUGUUUUUACGCACAGCUGACGUCUUCCAGCUCUAUAGAAUCACACAGACGCCAGUCAAAUGAUAUUUACUCAGAGUGAUUAUUUUUCUAAUGCUGAUGUGUAUUUUUAAUGAGGAGUUUUUGUCAUGAUGCAGUGAAAUAAAGAGCUGAUCUUUGA